AUGUCAAGCUACGACAAGUACCAGACCCCCCUCAGUACGAGGUAUGCAUCGCAAGAAAUGAUGACCAUCUUCUCGGCCCGCGAGCGCGCCAGCACCUGGCGUCAGCUCUGGGUCUGGUUAGCUGAGGCCGAGAAAGAGCUGGGUCUGCCCAUCCCCGAUGAGGCUAUCGAGCAGAUGCGCGCCAACGUCGUUGUCUCGGACAAGGCAUUUGCUGUUGCGAGGGAGUAUGAGGCUAAGUUCAGGCACGAUGUCAUGGCUCAUGUGCAUGCCUUUGGUGAGGAUGCGCCCGCGGCUGCCGGCCACAUCCACCUUGGUGCUACCAGCUGCUAUGUCACCGACAACGCCGACCUGAUCUUCCAGAAACGCGCUCUGGACCUCAUCCUGCCCAAGCUGGCUAAAGUCAUCAAGAACCUGCAGGAGUUCGCCCUCAAGUACAAGGACAUGCCCACCCUUGGCUUCACUCACUACCAGCCCGCCCAGCUCAUCACUGUUGGCAAGCGUGCUUGCCAAUGGAUCCAGGAGCUAAUGAUGGACCUUGAGGACAUUGAGACUGCUCGUGACAGGCUCCGCUUCCGUGGUGCUCAGGGCACUACCGGCUCUCAGGCUACUUUCCUUGAGCUGUUCAAGGGCGAUGCCAGCAAGAUUACUCAGCUGAAUGAGAUCCUUUGCAAGAAGGCCGGCUUCCCUUCGUGCUACCCCAUUUCUACCCAGACCUACACUCGCAAGGUCGACCUCCGUGUUGCCAACGCCGUCUGCGCUCUUGGUGCCACUGCUGCCCGUAUCUGCUCGGACAUCCGCCACCUCGCCAACUUGAAGGAGAUCGAGGAACCCUUCGAAAAGACCCAGAUUGGUAGCUCGGCCAUGGCCUACAAGCGCAAUCCCAUGCGCUCAGAGCGCAUCACUGCCCUGGGCCGCAAGCUCGCCCGUCUGCCGGCCGACUUCACUGCUACUUUCGAGACUCAGUGGUUCGAGAGAACUCUUGAUGACAGCGCUAUCCGUCGUAUGGACAUUCCUGAGAUGUUCCUUCUGGCCGACUCCAUCCUCCUGGCCCUCGACAACGUGACCAACGGCCUCGUUGUCUACCCCAACGUCAUCCGCGCUCACAUUGACCAGGAGCUUCCUUUCAUGGCCACCGAGUCUAUCCUCAUGAAGCUCUCCACCCACGGCAUUUCCCGCCAGGAUGCUCACGAGGAAAUCCGCGUUCUGUCCCACCAAGCCAGCGACGUCGUCAAGCAGCAGGGCGGCAAGAACGACCUGCUCGAGCGCAUUAAGCGCACCGAGUUCUUCAAGCCUGUCUGGGACGAGAUCGACAACCUCCUCGACCCCAAGCUGUUCAUCGGCAAUUGUCCCAAGAUUGUCGAGGACUACUGCAACGGCGAGGUUGCCGAGAAGCUGGCCAAGUACAAGGAUGCCCUGGACAAGGCUGAGACUGCCCAGCUGUCCAUCUAA